AUGGACACUCCUGCUCAGAUCCUCUGCCUCCUGCUGCUCUGGCUCCCAGGUACCACUGGAGAAAUUGCUAUGACGCAGUCUCCAGCUUCCCUGUCUUUGUCUCCAGGAGAAAGCGCCACCUUCACCUGCAGGGCCAGUCAGAGUGUUAGUAACUACCUAGCCUGGUACCAGCAGAAGCCUGGGCAGGUUCCCAAGCUCCUUAUAUAUGGUGCAUCCAACAGGGCCACCGGCAUCCCAGCCAGGUUUACUGGCAGUGGGUCUGGGACAGACUUUGCUCUCACCAUCAGCAGCCUGGAAGCGGAGGACGCGGCAGUGUACUGCUGUCAGCAAGGCUACAAAUCACUGUGGUACACUUUCGGCCAAGGGACCACGCUGGAAAUCAAACGGGCUGUGGCUAAGCCCUCCGUCUUCAUCUUCCCACCGUCCUCGGAGCAGCUCAAGACCGGCAGUGCCUCUGUGGUGUGCUUGCUGAGCGGCUUCUACCCGCGGGCCGUCAGUGUCAGGUGGACGGUGGACGGUGUUGUCCACACCGAGGGCAUCCAGACCAGUGCCCCCGAGCUGGACAGCAAGGACAGCACCUACAGCCUCAGCAGCACCUUGACGCUGUCCGGUUCCGAGUACGCACGCCAUGCUGUCUACGCCUGCGAGGUCACCCACCAGGCCCUGCCUGCUGCCCUCGUCAAGAGCUUCAGUUCCACAGAGUGUUAGAGAGGGGCCUGCGGGUCCUUCACGCUCUCCUCAGGCCCUUCCCACAGGAGACCCCCUAUUGCGGUACUAGCCUCGCUUCCCACCUCAC